AUGCUGAAGCGUCCAAAAACAUUCUUUGAUAUCUCCAUCCGUGGUGAUAAAGUUGGAAAGAUUGUAUUCGAGCUCUUCAACGAUAUCGUUCCAAAGACUGCAGAGAAUUUCCGCGCUCUUUGCACAGGAGAAAAAGGAAUUGGAAAGUCUGGAAUGCCUUUAAGCUACAAGGGAACAAUGUUCCACCGCAUUAUUCCUCAGUUCAUGAUCCAAGGAGGCGAUUUCACUCGCUUUAAUGGCACAGGCGGCGAAUCAAUCUACGGAAUGAAGUUUGAUGAUGAAAACUUCAAGGUCAAACAUGACAAACCAGGACUUCUUUCAAUGGCCAAUGCCGGACCAAACACAAAUGGAAGCCAAUUCUUCAUUACAACCGUUGAAACUCCAUGGCUCGAUGGACACCAUUGCGUUUUCGGCCAAGUCAUCGAAGGCAUGGACAUCGUCAAGCAGAUCGAAAGCUGCGGUACAGAAAGUGGUCGCCCUCGUGCAAUGUGCAUGGUUACAGAUUGCGGCGAAAUGAAAUAA